AUGUGUCUGGUAAGGAUUCCACUGCGAAUUCUAAAGUCUAAUUCUCGUCGUCCACGAUACUUCCGCGCCGCAUUCCCCAUCGUCCCUGUAACCAUCUCGAUGGCUCUACCGACCGUCUACUGCGUCCUACUGGGACUGACAGCAAUGUAUCUCACCAAGCUGAUCUUAUUCCCCAAGCAGAGAGCGGCACCGUUGCCUCCAGGUCCCAAACCCAGACCAAUUAUUGGUAAUUUAGGCGACCUGCCUCCGCCUGGAAAGCAAGACUGGCAACAUUGGUGGGAGUAUAAGGAGCGCUAUGGACCCAUCAGCUCCAUUAAUAUUUUCGGCAAAAUAAUCAUCAUCGUCAAUGAUUUCCACAUCGCUCACGACCUGCUGGAAAAGCACUCGAGCAAAUAUAACUCGCGACCGCAGUUGCACACCUUCGUGAUGCACCCCUACUCUGAUCUAUACCGGCCGUAUCGAAAGAUAAUGAAUCGCCUAAUGGGCUCCAGGAAUGCAGCCUCGCAGUUCAACCCGCUGCAGCAUCUCGAGACACGUCGCUUCCUGCUGCGCGUUCUGGAAGACCCCACUGAUAUUGGCAAACAUGCUCACACCGAGGCCGGCGCAGUAAUUCUGAAAAUCGCUUAUGGAUACACGAUCGAGCCUCAUUCACCCGACCCACUUGUUAAUCUGAUCGAUCUCUCCACGAAGAUCUUUUCCCUCGCUGCAACCCCGGGGAUGUGGUUGGUGGAUACCUUUCCAUUCUUGAGAUACGUUCCAUCUUGGUUCCCCGGCGCUAAGUUCAAACGCACCAGCCUCGCCUGGCGGAAAAUCCUAGUUAGCACAGCGGAGAAACCCUUCAGAUUCGUCCAGAACCAGAUGAGACAUGGUUCAUAUCCCCCAUCCUACGUAGCUAGUCUACUCGAAUCCAGUGAGGGAAAGUUCACACCGGACGAAAUAAACAUAGGCAAAUGGACCGCGGCGUCACUGUAUGCUGCGGGCGUAGAUACUACCACAUCUUCAGUAGAAUGCUUCUUCCUGGCCAUGGCACUAUACCCAGAAGUACAGGCCAAAGCUCAAGAGGAACUCGACCGCGUACUAGGACCCAACCGACUACCGACUCUCCAAGACCGCGAAAAUCUCCCCUAUAUCGAUGCCCUAGUCCGGGAAACUUUCCGAUGGCAUCCAGUUACGCCCAUGGCCGGCCCACAUCUCUGCUCACAGGAUGAAAUUUAUAAAGGCUAUCUCAUCCCAAAGGGUGCUGUGGUCCUCCCAAAUCUCUGGACCUUCACCCACGACGAAACCAUCUACAAGGAUCCGAUGUCCUUCAAUCCCGAACGGUUCCUCGGCUCGGCGCCCGAACUCGACCCGCACUCAGUGGCCUUCGGAUUCGGUCGUCGGAUGUGUCCCGGUCGGUUGCUCGCGGAUAACUCGCUCUUCGGGUACGUUGCACAGUCGCUCACAGUGUUUAAUAUCUCUCGUGAAAAGGGGAGUGACCCAAAAGCGGAGUUCUUGCCCGGCGUGAUAAGCCACCCCGCUCCGUAUCCGUUGAAGGUCACGCCGCGCAGUGAGGAUCAUGAGAAGCUGAUUCGGAUGGUGGAGUCGGAGCAUCCGUGGGAAGAGAGUAAUGCAAAGGAUGUCGAAGGCAUUGUGUGUUAA